AUGACGAAAGGUACAUCAUCAUUUGGUAAACGUCACAAUAAAACCCAUACUUUAUGCCGUCGUUGUGGUCGGUCGUCAUAUCACAUCCAGAAGCAUCGGUGUGCUUCUUGUGGCUAUCCAUCAGCUCGUAAACGUACGUAUCAGUGGUCCAUAAAAGCUGUCAGGCGGCACACUACUGGCACUGGUCGUAUGCGUCAUCUUAAAGUUGUGCGGCGUCGUUUUAGAAAUCGUUUCCGGGAAGGAACAGUGGCAAGGCCUAAAAAUCUUCGAGGACCAGAAUCUAUUAAUGCUGUUGCAAUGAGCUAA